CCGAUCGGCUGCAGCAAAACGCGCCCGCAGAAAUGAAAGUGAAACAAGGCUGCAAUUCGGACACGGGUGUGCCGAGCACCAAGGAAGAUGAAUUGCUCACAAAUUCUAUCAUCUCGCCCGAUGAUGUGCUCGGGCUACAGAAGAUCACCCAAAAUUACCUCUGCUCCCCAGAGCAGAAUGUCCACAUGAUCGACUUCACCAGGUUUAAGAUCCGAGACAUGGAGACCGGCACAGUACUGUUUGAGAUUACCAAACCUCCAAUGCCAGGUGAGAUUGCUACCUGUGACCCUAAUGCUGGCCGGUUUGUUCGAUACCAGUUCACACCGGCCUUCCUUCACCUACGGCAGGUUGGAGCCACGGUGGAGUUCACGGUGGGAGACACGCCCAUCAACAACUUCCGGAUGAUCGAGAGGCACUACUUCCGCGAGCAGCUGCUGAAGAGCUUUGACUUUGAGUUUGGCUUCUGCAUGCCCAGCAGCAAGAACACGUGUGAACACAUCUACGAGUUCCCCGCGCUGUCUGAGGAUAUCAUGCGAGAGAUGAUCCUGCACCCUUAUGAGACGCAGUCCGACAGCUUCUACUUUGUGGACAACCAGCUGGUGAUGCACAACAAGGCCGACUACUCGUACAGCGGGGGGGCGUAGGGGCCCCGGCGUGACACCAUGAGGAUUAUUAUGAUUAUAUCACUAUUAUUCUGCUCUGACUGACCCAAUUCAGAAUAUAAGCCUGUGUCACCCACAUGACAGCCGUAUCACUCCAUGAUCCCUCUCUCACUCCAUGACCCCUCUGUUGCCUCAUGAACCUGUAUCACACCAUGUACCCUGUAUCAGACCAUGACCCCUGUAUCGCUCCCUGACCCCCACAUCGCCCUAUGACCCCUGUAUCACACCAU